AUGCUGGUGUUGAGCAACGGAUGGUCCGUCGACAGCGUUGAGACAUCUCCUGUUCUGCGCGCCCUCAUUGGCAAGUCGUGCAUGCACCAGGCGGGGCGGACUGCUCAAUCGGGCCCCCCGGGGCGGUGCUUCAUGCUGCUGUGGUGGGCGAAGGGGCUGCUCCACACUACUGCCCAACUACUGCUGCCUGCUCGCCCUGCGUCCGUACUGCAGCCGUGCACGCCCCAUCUGAAGGUGGGUUCAGCCCCGUUUCUGGCCACUUCGUCUGAGGUGUGCCAACACUGGCGGUUCUCUUCCCUCGGCUACCUCUUCCACGAGGUCAACAUCUCGGGUUGCGACAAACAAGCUCAGCCGCCAACAAAGUGCGCGGCUCAAUCGUGUUGCUUCUGCUUAUUUCGCUGUUUGUUUUAG